AUGUGGGACUUUGCGCGCCUUUACAAGGCAUGGUCGGAAGAGCGGGUUCUUCCUUGGGAAUUCACUAAGGUCCCUUAUGCCUUAGUGAACCCAGCUAUGCUGGUUAAGCUCGUUCCCAAUGGCAACAUCACACCCUCGCUCAGCCAUGAUUGUUUCCCUUUCCUGUUCCGUGCCUGCAUUAUGAUGCGGAGCAUGGGAGAUCAGAUCAUUGGGCUCGAUAGGAAGGAGAUUGUUAUCGGUGCCGAGAUUCCACCCAUCAAGGUGAUGACCGUGGAGGUUCGAUACGGGCUCAUGAAUCAGCUUGAGCAUAACGCCCGUUAUCGCGCGUUGAUCCAAGCACUUUCGUCGAGCGGCGAAGUGGAUGAUGGGGCCAAUGACCUGGACCAGACGGCAGGACGCCAGAACAUCGACGUGACGCGGCAACUGGCUUUAUUGGGGUUUAACCUACUCCUAGAUGACUUUCUCCGAGGAGUGGACGGCAAAGACACCGUUAGUGAGGCCAUCGCAAAGCUCAUCGGUGCCCCGGAUUAUGGUUUUACUGCCUUUUGGAGUGUGAUAUAUAAGAGUCGAUUAAAUCCUCGGCCACUCGAUUCUAUCCAACAGGUCUACUACCUAAUCACUGAAUCUCCUCGGUUAAAAGAGCUCCUACGGAUCCUCGAUCUUGAGGGUGCCUUUGAACCUCCUGAGAAGGGUCCCCGUCCUCGCUUCCUUAUAAUAUCCCACUAG